AGCACUGUUGUGUGCUUUAGCAGAAACAGAAGAAAUGGAUCGGGUCCCAGCCGCCAACGGCCUUUCUUUCCGGGUCGGGUUCACCGGCCACAGCGGCCACCUCACCGUUGAGCCUCUUCCACCCGUCGACCGCCCCAACCGCCUCCACGAUCUCCCCGACUUCAUUCUCCCUCCAGCAUUCCCUGAAGAAACACCGGAGACGAUAAAGGAAUAUGUGAAGGAGAAGCAUCUAUUGCCGAGGCUGGACGAAGAUGUUUUUUCGCCGCAAAAUGCUGGCAGACAAUGGGAAUUUGACUGGUUUGACAGAGCUGAAAUUCAACCAGAGCCGUCGAUUCCGCGGUCUGUGAUUGUGCCAUCUUGGGAAGUUCCUUUUAGGCGCAAAAAGAAUGGGCCGGACUCGCAGAGGUGGGAGCCUCAGUCAGUGGAGGUGGAUGUAUCAGAAGUGGUACUUGGAACCCAGGACUCAGGUGCUCUGCCACGAAUUGUUGGGCCUGCAAAGGAUUUUGUGAGAGGAAGUAUAAAUAGCCGUCCUUUUCGACCCGGGGGACUUGAUAAUGCUGAUUCUUUGGGAAAAAUUUAUCCCGAUGGUGCUUGCAAUGGUGAAUGGGCUCGUGGGCUUCUGCAUGGAGAGGCUGCACUAAUCCUACCACCAGGCUUUAAGGAUGGACCGGAUCUAGGCAAUCUCAAGGCACACCCUUUGAGGUGGGAAGUUUAUGAGAACCUAACUGUGGAGAGAAGGGCGCCAGAUGCAAGGCUGAACGAGCUAUCAGUGCAGUUUGAUGACUUGUUCAAGAAAGCCUGGGAAGAUGAUGUCAAGAUAUCUGAGGAAGAUGGUAAUGUGUCAGGACCAGAAGAUCAGUUGGAUUUGCCCAAUGAAUCUGUCCAAACAGAAACUGAAGUAGAGUUAGUUGCAGUUGUUGAUGCUUUCAAGAAAGAACCUUCUAUUCUAGAUGAAAUUUUGACUGUCGAAUCAGCUGAAUCAACAUCAAGAUCAGGAGAUACAGAUACUGGUCAACGACAGAAUAAAGAGGUUUGGGCGGUUACUGGCAGUACUGAUGAAAUUAUCGAAAGGUUUCCCGAACUUGUUCCUGAUAUGGCACUCGAUUUUCCAUUUGAACUUGAUCCUUUCCAGAAGGAGGCCAUAUUUUACCUUGAAAGAGGGAAAUCUGUUUUUGUGGCUGCUCAUACAUCAGCUGGAAAAACAGUUGUUGCAGAAUAUGCAUUUGCACUGGCUUCAAAACACUGUACAAGAGCUGUGUAUACAGCUCCUAUUAAGACCAUCAGCAAUCAGAAGUACAGAGAUUUUUGUGGAAAAUUUGAUGUUGGACUCCUAACAGGGGAUGUUAGCUUGAGGCCUGAGGCUUCUUGUCUGAUCAUGACAACGGAGAUAUUAAGAUCAAUGCUCUAUAGGGGUGCUGAUAUCAUACGUGACAUUGAAUGGGUUAUAUUUGAUGAAGUACAUUAUGUCAAUGAUGUUGAAAGAGGGGUGGUUUGGGAAGAAGUUAUCAUCAUGCUUCCCAGACAUAUCAACUUUGUGCUACUUUCAGCGACGGUACCAAACACAAUUGAAUUUGCUGACUGGAUUGGGAGGACAAAGGAAAAGGAAAUUCGAGUUACAGGGACCACAAAAAGACCAGUCCCGCUGGAACAUUGCCUCUUUUAUUCUGGAGAGCUUUAUAAAAUCUGUGAAAAUGAAAAGAUGAUCCCUCAGGGAUUAAAAGCUGCCAAAGAUCUUCACAAGAUAAAGAACUCACCUACAGUUAGUGGUUCAGGAUCUUACUCUGGGUCUUCAGUGGCCAAUGAAAGGGCCAAGAGGCAUGAAAGUUUUUCUCAUGCAAAACAGAAUAAGCAUGCUGCAUCACAGAAUGCAGUGAACUUCUCUGGAGCUAACCGGGGAACUCAAAGCGGCACAAGUAACAAUUGGGGUUCGAGGAGAUCAGAAGCUUCUAUAUGGCUGUCACUUAUCAACAAGCUUUCAAAGAAGUCCCUCCUACCUGUUGUUAUUUUCUGCUUCUCCAAGAACCGCUGUGAUAAAUCUGCAGACAACUUGACUGGGACAGACCUCACAACGAGCAGCGAAAAAAGUGAAAUCAGGGUCUUUUGUGAUAAAGCAUUCUCGAGGCUCAAAGGAUCAGACAGAAAUCUGCCACAGGUUGUUAGAGUCCAAGGUCUUCUGCGGAGGGGCAUUGGAGUACACCAUGCAGGCUUGCUUCCAAUAGUCAAGGAAGUUGUUGAAAUGCUCUUUUGUCGUGGGGUUGUCAAGAUCCUAUUUUCAACAGAGACAUUUGCAAUGGGAGUCAAUGCCCCAGCCAGAACGGUUGUUUUUGAUUCCUUACGGAAAUUUGAUGGCAAGGAAUUUCGACAAUUACUUCCCGGAGAAUAUACACAGAUGGCCGGUCGUGCAGGCAGGAGAGGACUUGAUAAAAUUGGUACUGUAGUUGUGCUUUGCCGUGAUGAAAUUCCUGAAGAGAAGGAUUUAAAGCAUGUUAUAGUUGGCAGUGCGACUAGGCUCGAAUCUCAGUUUCGACUCACUUAUAUCAUGAUCUUGCACCUUCUUCGGGUUGAAGAGUUAAAGGUGGAAGACAUGCUGAAAAGAAGUUUUGCUGAAUUUCAUGCUCAGAAGAAACUUCCAGAGCAGCAACAACUUCUAAUGCGAAAGCUUGCCCAACCUAAAAAAAUUGUUGAAUGCAUUAAAGGUGAACCAGCUAUAGAGGACUAUUAUGUGAUGUACUCAGAAGCUGAAAAGCACAGCAACAUGAUAAUAGAGGCAGUUAUGCUCUCUCCAGCUUCCCAACAAUAUCUAUCUCCGGGAAGGGUGGUAAUUGUCAAAUCACAAUUGGCCCAAGAUCACCUGCUUGGUGCUAUUGUGAAAACCCCUUCAGCUAAUUACAAGCAAUACUUGGUUCUAGUGCUAACUCCUGAAUUGCCUUCGAUCUUGACAAGUCAAUCAGAUAGUAAAGACAAAAAAGAUGUAGACUUCCAAGUUUUAGUUCCAAAAUCCAGACGUGGCCUGCAAGACGAAUAUUGUUCUACAGUCACAUCACGUAAAGGGUCUGGAACCGUCAACAUAAAACUACCUUACCGUGGUUCUGCUUCUGGAGUCAGUUAUGAGGUUAGAGAGGUGGGGAAUAAUGAGUUUUUAUCCAUAUGCAAUAAGAAAAUAAAGAUCGACCAAGUUCGACUCCUUGAAGAGGGUAGUGCUGGUGCCUUUUCAUCUACUGUACAGCAGCUGUCGUCUCUGAAAUCUGAUGGAAACAAGUACCCCCCAGCUUUGGAUCCAGUAAAAGAUUUGAAGCUGAAAAAUCCGGAUGUUGUUGAGGUUUACUAUAGAUGGACCAACUUAUUGCAGAAGAUGUCAGAAAGCAAGUGCCAUGGUUGUGUCAAACUGGAAGAGAACAUUAAGUUAGCUCGGGAAUUGAAACGACACAAAGAGGAAGUAAAUGAUCUAAAAUUUCAAAUGUCCGAUGAAGCACUUCAGCAGAUGCCUGACUUUCAGGGCCGGAUUGAUGUUUUGAAAGAAAUUGGAUGCAUAGAUGCUGAUCUUGUAGUACAACUCAAAGGUAGGGUUGCUUGUGAAAUGAAUUCUGGAGAGGAGUUGAUAUGUACGGAAUGCUUAUUUGAGAAUCAACUAAAUGACCUGGAGCCAGAAGAAGCUGUGGCAAUUAUGUCUGCAUUCGUCUUUCAGCAGAGGAACACUUCUGAACCUUCUCUUACACCAAGGCUCGCUCAAGCUAAAAAGAGAUUGUGUGACACGGCAAUAAGACUCGGAAAGCUUCAAGCAGAAUUCAAAGUGCAGGUUGAUCCUGAGGAAUAUGCCAGGGAUAAUCUAAAGUUUGGUCUGGUUGAAGUUGUGUAUGAAUGGGCAAAGGGCACCCCGUUUGCGGACAUCUGUGAACUCACCGAUGUUCCUGAGGGCAUGAUUGUUAGGACGAUAGUGAGGUUGGAUGAAACAUGCCGCGAAUUUAGAAAUGCAGCAGCGAUUAUGGGGAACUCUGCACUUCACAAGAAAAUGGAAACUGCUUCAAACGCGAUAAAGAGGGAUAUUGUGUUUGCUGCAAGCUUGUACAUUACUGGGGUCUAAUUUACUUACACAUUGCUUUACUGAUUUUAACCACACUUGUUGUACACUAGAACUGCGAAGAUAGUUGUUGUGAGAUGAGAGUUAACGUAAAUUUUAUGAAGUUGAUUUCGGCA